UUAUUAUCCUCAACCCUAGCUAGAAGCCUUUGUUUGCAGAGAGAGAACAGUACACGAUCUUGGUCUAUGGCACUCAACCGCCUCUGUUCGAUCAAUUCCAGACAUGCUUUUCUAAAUCAGAUAAUCGAGAAUCUCUCCAGCGGCGUUGACAACCGAGAUCAUCAUGGUUAUGGGCUUCUCCGAGCUUGAUGAGGGGCGGAGGAACUGAAGGAGUUGAAAAGGAUGGAGUUAAGUUACAACUGCAACCCCACCUACCUGUCGAAGCUCAACACCUUCAAGGAGAAGGGAAGAGAGGGGAAUUCAUACAUGAAAAGAUACAAUAUCAGGAAAAAGUCCCAUGAGUCUUGCUAUCAUGGUUAUUCCGUGGGGAGACCUAGACUCACUGGCAAUGCUACGGAGGCAGCUUGAUGUAGACAUCCUAGUUACAGGUCACACCCAUCAGUUUACAGCUUACAAACAUGUGGGCGGCAUGGUGAUAAAUCCAGGUUCUGCAACAGGUGCUUACAGCAGCAUGAUGGACAUUGAUGGCCUCCAUCUCGUGGUUUAUGUAUAUGAACUUAUUGAUGGAGAGGUUAAGGUUGAUAAGAUUGAUUUCAAGAAAACAUCCACAAGCCACUCUGCGCAUUAAACACAUUUAUUUUGGUGAUAGUCACUUUAAUCUUUCUUUUUCUUAUUUGAUUGUUUAGUUUUUUUUCUUCUCUUUAAACUUUUUAAGGGUGUCUUGUUUUUUAGUUUUAUAUUGCUUUGGAUAGUGUAUUUGGCCAUAUCAUAGGGCAGUCUUAGGAUUAUAUCAAUUUGUGAUCUAUUCGAAACUUAUAUGACUGAUUAGCAAUGGCUUUGUGUACUCUUUGUUAUCAGUGAUUUGCACAAGGGAAGAGAUAGAGGAAAAAAAAUCGUUAGCUUAUAACGAAAUGCGAUGUGGUAAUUUAUAUUUGUGUAAACA